ACAGGAAUGCUGUGUCUCAUAUUAUCGGAGACGUUUUCUUGGGUUUUAGCUAUUUCACCGGCUUCUUUGCAGUCCGGGUGGUUAUUUAUCACUUAUAUGUUUUGUGCGGUUUAUUGCUGUGACGGGUGAAUGCAGCGCGCAUGCUGCAGUGUGGUGUGCAGGUAGAGGAAGAUGCGCUCCCUGGAUCCAGCUCCAUGACGGUGGAGAGAUCCAUCCCACAAAGGCCCCACAAAGAUCACUGCUGCCAUCCCAUCAUAUGAUAAUGCUCCGAAGAGAUGCAGGCUCCGAUGGUGAUCUCUUCUUAUGCGUCUUUUCUUUCUCUUUCUUUCUUUUUUUAAAACGUUAAUGCAGACACAGUUAUUGUUUGAACGAUGAAGAUCUGGAGCACAGAACACGUUUUCAGUUACCCCUGGGAGACGGUGAUCAAAGCUGCCAUGAGGAAGUACCCCAACCCCAUGAACCCCAACGUGGUGGGAGUGGACGUGCUGGACCGUAAUCUGGAUGGAGACGGCCGCCUUCACAGCCACAGACUCCUCAGCACAGAGUGGGGACUACCGGGUAUCGUACGAGCGAUACUAGGAACCAGCCACACCCAGACAUAUGUGAAAGAGCAUUCCAUAGUUGACCCGUCGGAGAAGAAGAUGGAGUUGUGCUCAACGAAUAUUACUCUCACCAACCUCAUAUCGGUCGAUGAGAGGCUUGUGUACAGACCACAUCCAGAAAACCCUGCGGUCACUGUCCUGACACAGGAAGCCAUCAUUACUGUCAAGGGAGUCAGUCUGAGUAAUUAUCUAGAGGGGAUGAUGGUCAGGAGCAUGUCUGCUAAUGCCCGGAAGGGCUGGGACGCCAUUGAAUGGAUUAUUCAGAACUCUGAAAGAGAAAACGUCCCUCUCUCCUGACAUUUACUAACACUGGGCUCCAAGGUUGCCGUGACGACCGCUCUUCUCGGCCAUACCUCAUAGACAACUUUGGGUCGUCUGCAUUUUCAGAUCCUCUGCAAACAGCGUCUGAGAGGUCUCGCCUCAUACCACCCGUCACAGCUUUGGCUGACAUGACAGAAAGUACAUUUCUGCCGAAGAUGAAUGGGUAUUAAAGCAUGUCGGAGUAGAGUUUACGGAUUGUGGGGCCAAGUUUGGUAGAUGUGAAUCAUCGCUAACAGUGCUCAUUAACCUGUUAACUGUUUGAAGAAACAAAACAGAGAUACAUUUACUUACAAAGCCACACAUUUACUUUGAACUUGUGCCAGAUCUUUAGUGUAGAAACAUACUUGAUACAGAAUAUGUCACUAAUGAAAGGUUACAAUAUUAAAGGAGAAGUAUGAUGUUGUUUUUUUCAAGAGUUGGCACUAUUUCUUGAGGUCUGUGAUACA